AUGGCGGGCUUUGUGUCGUAUCACGAAUUUAUCACGAAUAAUUUGAGAAUGGGUAAACCAGGUCGAACACAACGAAAGCGAUUACGUCAAAAGAGAAUGAACAUAAGUGGUUCAAACCUCAAACCACAAGUUUUGUUGGAAGAAAAUUACAUAUCUCUUCUUAAAUGGGCCAAGAGGAAUGGAAUGGUUUUCAAGAAAAUCAGACCGGCGAUUUUUAGUUCCACUGGCCGUGGGAUGCUAGCGAUAGAGCGAAUUCAUUCAAGCGAAUGUGUGAUUUCCGUCCCGGAGCGGCUCCUCAUAACCGCUAGCUCUGUCUUAGAAAGUGCAAUUGGAAAUUAUGUCGCCGAGCGAAUGAAGGGUGGAGCAAAGAGCUCAAAUGACUAUUUAUUGGUUUUGUUUUUGAUGUAUGAGAAGUAUUUGGAGAAAGGGUCGUUUUGGGCUCCCUACAUUCGAACAUUACCUGACACAUUUAACACCCCAUGCUACUUCACCAGGAAAGAACUAUUUCUACUUCCAGAGCAAUGCAGGGAGCAAGCUUUUGAGCAAGUCACCCAGAUUAAACAAAGCUACAAGUCAUUUGCCAAAGCAUAUAAUGAUGUUCUACAAGAUUUUGACUGCAACUUUUGGAGAACAGUGGAUUUUGAAAGUUUUAAGUGGGCGUGGUGUGUUGUGAACACAAGAUCAGUUUACCAUGAUGAACCCAACAGACGAGCCCAGCCUAUUGAUGGGAACUGUGCGCUAGCUCCAUUGUUAGACCUUCUUAACCACUGUGACAAAGCUGAGAUGUGUGGCAGGUUCAACAGCAGCUCCAAGAAUUAUGAGAUUAAUGUUAUAACAGAAUAUCAGAAAGGGACUCAGGUAUUUAUCAACUACGGACCACAUGAUAAUACCAGACUAUUUCUCGAAUACGGCUUUGUGCUACCCAGAAAUGUACACAAUUCUUACAGGUUCACCAGGUCAACCAUUCUCUCUCACCUUGGAAUGUCAAACUCUUUUCUGUCAAAUGCAAAGGAAGAACUAAUCGAAAGGAAUUCUCUUACAAGAGAUUUAAGUUGCGUUAGCAGUGAGGGUAUUUCAUGGAAUCUCUGGACUUUCCUUGGAGUGUUAGCUCUUCCAGAGGCGAUUGUGAGUCAGUGGGAUAUGAUUUUGAGUAACAAGUGUCCUGACAAACUUAAAGGAAAGAUAGAAAUGUGGGCUAGAUUGUUAUUACAGAGAGAACUCAGUGACCUGGUAACAUAUAACAGUGGGUUGCAGGAUAUAGAUCCGUCAGAUAAUUCCAGACUAGCUCUCCAUUUAAGACAAGAUCAGAUAGAUAUUUUAAAAGAAUCUUUAUUGCUUUUAUAAUAGAACCCAUGUUAUAAGGGAAUACCAUGGGGGAAUGUUUGCGUUUGUGGUGGGAAAAAUGGAGGAGUGCUCUACUCUUCUUUUGAAGGUAUGGUAAAUACCUUUAAAAGCCAGUACGAUUUUGUUUAAACUAAACAACCAACAAAUUUUAGUAAUCAAAAGUAUAUGCUUCUGCUUAAGUUUAUUUAAUUAUAUCAUACACAUGACCAAAAUACAAUGAAAAACUAUGUAUUCAAAGUAAGUAUUCAAUGAAGUCAUAUUAAAAUAUUAUUACUUGUAAA